UGAAAACCAAGCCCUUUGUCAUCCUUGUAGAGUCUACACCUCUCAGAUCCAGUCAUUGCAAGACUUUUCUUUUAUUCUUCCUAGGACUAAGUUCAAGAACCAGGUAAGCAACUAAUUAAGUGUAAGAUCACCAUGGUUCUGAAGAAGUCCUUCAUCUUUACACCCCUGUUGGUCCUGCUGAUGGUGCUGCUGCUGGGCUGCGUCCAGCCUUCCCUGGGCAAGGAAUCUCGGAGCAAGAAAUUCCAGAGACAGCACGUGGACUCCGAAGGUUCCCCCAGCAUCAACUCGAAUUACUGCGAUUUAAUGAUGAAGCGCAGGAAAAUGACACAGGGACGAUGCAAGCCAGUGAACACAUUUGUGCACGAGCCCCUGCCAGCAAUCCAGGCUGUCUGCCGUGAGCAAAGCAUCCCCUGCAAGAAUGGGCAGCCCAACUGCCACAAAAGCAACUCCACCAUGAACCUCACCAACUGUCGCCUGAAGAAAGGAGCCAGAGAUGCCAACUGUGCUUACCAGACCAUCCGGAAAGAGGGGCACAUCACUGUGGCCUGUGAGGGCGACCUGUACUUGCCUGUCCACUUUGAUGGUUUGGAGGCUGAAGACUGAAGUCAGAGUGGAAGAUCCCACUUCCCCCUUUUGUCCUUGGAAAGGAAAUAACUCUAGUUAGUGCUUUGAUCCAAAACACACGUUUUCCUGGCCUACUGUUUGUCCCACGUGAUUUAGGAGCUAAGGAGUGGGUAGUGAAGCAGUCCCCAUGUUAACCAUUCAUUGUUUCUUUAAAUAAAACAAUUGCAACU